CGUCCUUCCGGUGCCCCCGCCGCCCCACUCCCUCCCCGAUGCUAGCACCGUCGGGCUUGGCCGUGGGAGCGUAAUGGCGGUGCACCGGGGACCCUCUACCAAAUGGCUCUUCACCCGGGAGCAGCUGGAGAACACGCCGUCGCGCCGCGGAGGGAUCGAGGCCGACAGGGAGCUCUCCUACCGGCAGCAGGCCGCCAACCUGAUCCAGGACAUCGGCCAGAGACUCAACGUGUCUCAACUUAUCAUCAACACUGCUAUAGUAUAUAUGCACAGGUUUUAUAUGAUCCACUCCUUCAGUAAAUUCCAUAGAAACGUCAUUUCCCAGACUACGUUGUUCCUCGCAGCUAAAGUUGAAGAGCAGCCCAGAAAGUUGGAGCAUGUCAUUAAAAUAGCCCAUGCCUGCAUUAACCCACAAGAGCCUGCCCUAGACACUAAGAGCAAUGCAUUCCAGCAGCAGACACAAGAGCUGGUAGCACUGGAAACAAUAGUGCUGCAGACGCUGGGUUUUGAAAUAACAGUUGAUCAUCCACACACAGAUGUUGUGAGAUGUUCCCAGCUAGUGCGAGCAAGCAAGGACUUGGCACAGACUUCCUAUUUCAUGGCUACCAACAGGUUAUUAUCCUGUUCCCGUUAUUGCACUGUAAUAGCACACUAUAGCUUCCUGUCCUGCAGGGGCCCCCUUCCUGUGUCCAACGCCCUGUUCGGCCUGGAUCCCGGGAACCCCCGACGCGGGGAAGUACCGGCCGGGCUGCUGUGCGGUGUAUUGUACAAGGGCCAUGUGUUGGCACAGAGGGGUUGAAUGCACUAUGUGGAGUGUAGUGGUGCUGUUUACCUCUCCAGGUUGUUUGGUACGGAGUGCACAUGUCUAAAAAGCUCAAAUGGUAGCCUGAAUAUAGAUUGCCACUAAAGAUUCUUAAACUUAUAGAGUGCUUCGGUAAGUAUAGUUCACAGUUCUUUUUGAAUUUUUUUUUGCACAUUUUUCACCCUAAGAGAAAGAGCUAACAAUGAAAGGCCAAACUAUACUGCAAACUGAAUGCUUGUUCUGUGUGGUGGAGUAGUUUUUAUGCUGAGAUCAGACAGUUGAGAGUUAUUUAAUGCAUGUGAGCUGAAGGGUUUUUAAAGAGGGAAUAUGCUGCAGAAAUGUUUUAGAGAUUAACUGUUACUGUAACUGACUUUUUUAGGAUGUUUGUACUUGUUUAAGAGGCUGCUAGUUACCUAAUAAUUUUAAUUAUAUAAGUACAUUUAGUGUUUUACUUCAUGCAAAUUAUAAAAUAAGCUGUUUUAUUUUGUUAAGUAGGCUUGUAUAUAAUCUAGAGAGCUAGAACUGUAUUUACAGUUGCACAUAAAGCCUGUUUCUGCAUUCCUGCAACACUGUAAGAUAUACUUGUAACUGAUUUGCGGCACAGUCCUCACUUGCAUCCAUUUCAGAUGUCUUUUAUUUUGGCGUGCAUGUUAAGACGGUUCAGGAAGUUGCAGUAAUGUCCCUCCUGUGACAAAAAUAGGCUGUGACGUAGGCGCCUGCAGGUCUGAGAGGUGAUUGAGGAUAUAUUAUUCAAAAUAAUAUAUUCAAAGAGUUACGCCAGUUUUAGAAAACAUGCACAAAUUGGUACAAAGUGAACGUAGAAUACAGACAGAAGGCUGCUUUAAGCAUAAAUGAGCCUUCAAAGUGUUGUGAAACAGUAAAGCUGCACUUAUGCUUUCUACUUGUUGACAUAAAGACAUUAAGUUUUUAGUCUGAGUUAAACUUUCAGUGUGUUUCCGAGCCAGUUUGCAGUGUAGUUUGGGAUUCAGGGUGCAGAGAAAAUUAACUGUAGAAAACCUAAAAGUCGAAUCAUUAGUCUUGGCUACAAACAUCAGUGUUUCUCAGUCUUAAUGUUUGAUGUUGUCAAGGUUCACUGAUGCCCCGUCAUCACUGAUUUUACACUAAUACAAGAUUUUAGAAAUGCACUGAUUGUUUGAGUUGCUCCUCUAUCAGAACCAGCAGAUUGUCGCACAUGUUAUUGAUGUUGAAGUUCUGCAGUUUGUAACAUCUGCAAGUGCAAAAUAACCCACAAAGGACCAACCUAAAGUCAAGUGGGAUAUACUGAAGUUAAUUUAUUUUAAUUUAGUUUUAUUUUGAAGGACGUUGCAAUCUUUGCAGUAAAUCUAAUUUUUAAAUAGCCAAUGUUUGAUGGCAAACAUAGUAAUUUUUUAAUUUCUCAUGAAAGAAAAGUUACAAAAAUGUUUGUAUGCUGUCAAUUAUAAUUCUCAGAAAGAAAUAGAAAACUCCAAUCGGUGCAUCUCUAGUAGAUUCAAUUUAAUUUGUGUUUAAGUAGAGAUUACCUAAGAGAUUGAGAAACACACUUUUGAAUUUCUUUUUUAAAAAUUAAAUUCACAAAUCGAUCCACAAAGGGGCCAAACGGGUUCAAAAAUACUCUCCUAUGAAGCUAUGUAUGUCUCAUUCGUACAUUUAGGAACAUGUGCUAUAGGUUUUCUUACAUGUUCCAGUGCUGCGAGGUAAGGCUGUGUGGAUGUGAAGACAUUAUUACUGCUCUAAACUUCUAUCAGUUUAUAUACAUGUUAAUGGUACUUGUUUAAGGGAUUGUUUGAAGUGAGGUUGUGUGAGGUACUUAUCCACAAUCAGCUGCAGUAGAUGGCGGUCGGGCGGCGUGUUUCCAGUUUUUAGAAGCAGGUUCAGAAACUAAGUGAUGUGCUGCAGAAAAAAACAUUUUAACCCAUUGAAAAAAGUUUAUCUGCUUGAGUUUAAACUAUAUUAUUAGCGCUUUACCUUGCCAACAGACGACUAAAGCAAUUUGCUCCUUUCAAAGCCACCAGACUCCUUUGAGAAAAACAUAAUUUUACCUUGGUGUGUUAGUUUGUUUGCAGCAGUGCUUUGCUUUGCAUUCUUGCUGGAACUACAACUCAACAUGGAUGAGUUCCUCAGACAGCCCCACAUCAAAAACUAUCUUUUUAAACUGUUUAAAUUGAAGAUGCAUGUUGGUAUAAAAAAUCCUCCAGACUCACAGUCGUAUCUUCCUCUUGUUUCUUGUGUCGUCCUGCAGUUUGCACCUCACUACCUUCUGCCUGCAGUACAGGCCCACGGUGGUCGCGUGUGUCUGCAUCCACCUCGCCUGCAAGUGGUCCAA